AUGGGAAAGUCAUACUCAAACUCCGUUAGUUGUGAUGUUGUGGAUAUGGAUGCUUGUGGAGCACUGUUAGGACGUCCAUGGAAGUUUGAUGUGGAUGCAUUGCAUAAGGGAAGAGAGAAUUCAUACCUGUUCACUUGGAAAAACAAGAAAAUCAUUGUCUUACCUUUUGGAUCUUCUGCUAAAGCUUCUAAAGUGGAGGGGAAAUCUAUAGAAUUAUUUGGUGCAAUUGAGAAGUCCAGAGGUGCGUUAACAUUGUUGAUCAAACCAGAGACAGGCUCUAAUGAAGAGGCACUGGUACCCCCAUUAAUCAAGGAGUUGCUAGAUGAGUUUCAUGCCUUAGUUGAAGAACCAUCUACACUUCCACCUUUGCAGGACAUUCAACAUCAGAUUGAUUUUAUCCCUGGAUCGAAGAUACCAAACCUUCCCCAUUAUAAGAUGAAUCCAAAGGAGAGCCAGAUCCUUCAAAAACAGGUAGAAGAAUUAUUAAAGAAGGGACAUAUUCGGGAGAUCAUUAGUCCUUGUGGGGUUCCUGCUUUAUUGGUAACAAAGAAGGAUGGGACUUGGAGAAUGUGUGUGGAUAGUAGAGCCGUUAAUAAGAUCACAGUGAAAUAUCAAUUUCCUAUUCCUCGUUUGGAGGACAUGUUGGACCAAUUGUCAGGGUCAGGACAUAUUGGACCAAUUGUCAGGGUCUAUAAUAUUUUCCAAAAUAGAUCUCCACAGCGGGUAUCAUCAAAUCAGGAUCAAGGAGGGAGAUGA